GUGAGAUUCCCUCACUGGCCAGGAGCCCGGACCAGUAGACUUGUACAGAGGGACUCACUGUCGGUAGGCGACGGGAUCUUGGGUACAUCCUAAAGCCAGUGAGAUUUGGGAAGAGAUGAACACCUUACGCAGUCAGCCCACUCCCGAUGGUACUCAGCUGAGUGAACCAGAGAUACUGAGUCAGGUGCUUGGCACCCGUUCUAGAUAUGUGCGUGGGCUUGGCCAUGGUGCCAAGUUAAUGACACCUGCUAGAGCUACCUCCAGCCGAUCCAUCGUCAUUGGCGACAGCGUCGUACGCCGAACUGAUAUCGCAGAGAGAGAGGUUCAGCAGCUACGGGUCGUCAUCCAUGACAUCAGAGAGGAGCUAGACAGGCAGAAGGAGGAGCAGGAGAGGAAGAUGAUGGAGGAGCUGGACAGGAAGAGGGAGGAGCAGGAGAGGAAGAUGGAGGAGAUGCGGGUGGAGCAUGAGCGAUGGAUCACGGAGAUGUUUCAUGCUCUUACUGCAUGCUUACCCACCGAUGCCCGACCACCUCCGCCUUCAUCUUUGUGAUUUUUUGUAUUU